UUUAAAAAUAAAGGAUAUUACACAUCUGUGCUCAUCCUGAGAGGCUGCGGAGAGGAGAGACUGCACAAAAGCACAGACGAUGCACUGGACAACGCUGUGUGAGUCAGAGGCACGUAUGGCACUUGCAGAACCAGUCUCCGUGGCUUAUCUUAAUUCGGAUGCUCAAGGGAAAUGUGAGGUGUCGUUGGAUGAUGUACUCAUCAACUCUUCACCUAGAAUUGUUGAGGUCCACAGUGCUGAGACAGUUGAAGACACUAAAACAGAGGGAUCUCAGAUGGACAUGUUCCGUUGCAAAGUGUUUGCACCUCCUACCCCCUGUCUGUGGACAACACGACGAGAUGGUGAAGUCAAACUGAGGAUGGAAGAACAAGGCAUAGGCAGUGAGGAACCUAAGACAAUUCCUGAGCUCUUUGACGAAGCAGUUAGAAAAUAUGGUGAUGAUUAUGCCCUUGCAUACAAAAAGGAUGGCCAUUGGAUGAAGUUAUCGUAUAAAAUGUACUAUGGUGAAUGCUGGACUGCAGCAAAAAGCUUUCUGAAGUUGGGACUAGAGCGUUUCCAUGGAGUAUGCAUCUUGGGAUUUAAUUCUCCAGAGUGGUUUAUUGCUGACAUUGGAGCGAUCUUUGCAGGUGGACUUGCUGUUGGUAUCUACACUACAAGCUCUCCUGAGGCCUGCCAUUACAUAGCAGAGAACUGUAGCGCUAACAUUAUCGUUGUGGAAAACAAUAAACAGCUGCAGAAAAUCUUAGAAAUUGAGCAUAAACUACCUCUUCUGAAAGCUAUUAUCAUGUAUGGGGAAAAGCCAAGGGAGAAGAGACCAAACCUGUAUUCUUGGGAGGAGUUCAUGGACAUUGCCGAUCAUGUUAUAGAUAAUCCUCUCAUGGAUGUCGUUGAGUCGCUGAAGCCUAACCAGUGCUGCACACUAAUAUAUACCUCAGGAACAACUGGACAGCCAAAGGGAGUAAUGCUCAGUCAUGACAAUUUGACAUGGACUGCAGCAGCAGCAGGGCGUUUCAUACAACUCUCAGAUGCUACAAAAAAGCAAGAAUUGGUGGUCAGCUAUCUGCCCCUCAGUCACAUUGCUGCACAGAUGAUAGAUAUUUGGUUGCCAUUAACUUUUGGAGCACAAGUUUUCUUUGCUCAACCAGAUGCACUAAAGGGCACUUUGAUAGACACCCUGCGGGAGGUGAGGCCAACUGCCUUUUUGGGAGUUCCUCGUGUCUGGGAAAAAAUGGAAGAAAAAAUGAAAUGUGUAGGCGCAAAAUCAUCUGCACUCAAAAGAAAAGUGGCAUCAUGGGCCAAGGAAGUCGGGUUGCAGACAAACCUGAAACAGAUGAACGGAAAUACUGAAGUCCCGGUGAACUUCCGCUUAGCCAAGCACUUGGUAUAUAAGAAAGUUCGAAAGGCUCUUGGACUGGAUCGGUGCACAAAGUGCUACACAGGAGCUGCCCCAAUUACCAAAGAGACACUAGAAUUUUUUCUGAGUCUGAACAUUCCUGUGUAUGAGCUAUACGGCAUGAGUGAGAGCUCUGGGCCUCACACAAUCUCUCUGCCUCAUGCAUUCAAGCUUAGCAGCUGUGGAAAGGAAAUUACAGGCUGCCGGACACUGAUUCAUAAGCCAGAUGGUGAGGGCAAUGGGGAGAUCUGCUUCUCAGGAAGACAUGUCUUUAUGGGCUAUCUGAACAUGGAAGGAAAAACCAGAGAGGCCAUCGAUAAAGAUGGCUGGCUGCAUUCAGGUGACCUUGGCAAGCAUGAUAAAGAUGGAUUCCUCUACAUCACUGGCAGAAUUAAAGAGCUCAUCAUCACUGCCGGAGGUGAGAACAUUCCUCCUGUUCCGAUUGAGGAUGCUGUAAAAGAGGCCAUUCCCAUCAUUAGCAACGCUAUGUUGGUUGGAGACAAAGCAAAAUUCCUUGCUAUGCUUCUGACGCUAAAGUGCCAAGUAAAGGAAGAAACUGGAGAGCCAGGAGAUGACCUCACUCCAGAAGCUAUCGAAUACUGCCACAAACUGGGCAGCAAGGCUACCAAAGUCUCUGAAAUCAUAAGCAGCAAAGACCUAGCUAUCUACGCAGCUAUCCAGAAGGGAAUUUCAGCAGUCAAUGAGAGAGCAGUCUCAAAUGCUCAGAAAGUCCAGAAAUGGGUCCUUCUGGAAAAAGACUUCUCGCUCUUUGGGGGAGAGCUCGGACCAACCAUGAAACUGAAGAGAGCAGUGGUGGCGCAGAAGUAUAAAGACCAAAUCAAUCAGUUUUACACUGAUGCAGAUACACCAACCACAACAGGAAGUGCUGUUCAGAAGUAAGACAGAGGCUCUGUAACUUGGUACGAAACUCCUCCUCGCUGUGUAAGCAAGCGUGCUAUCGGCAUGGACUCUUAAUGAAGGAUUAAGUGGGUUUUGCUGAAAUAAAUGAGGCUCGGUCAUCACGCAGCCCCUUGAGUCGCUUAACUGUGUAACUUCUGUCCCUCUUACUGCAGUACGCUGAAUAUGUUUAAGUGCUCAGUGUUUUCUUUUAUGUAUGUUCUAAUGCUGAGAUAUUUAUAAAUAUCUUUGCAUCGUAUUUUCUUUCCUUUUUAUAAGGACAAAAUCUUUGCAGAAUAGCUCCUGUGGCAAUCGAUUAUUUAUCUUAUAAAAACCAUGGCAUACAUUGUGUUUUAACCAAAGUUUUCUUACAUUCAGCUUACUGAAAAACAAACAAACAGCAGUUUUCUAGCUGAGGGGGAAAGGCAGGGUUUUGUUUUGAAACAGGAGUGUACACUUCUCCUCCUCUAGAUGCAUGUAUAAUUGCAUGCUGAUGACAUCCAAACUAUCUUCUGCACAAACUGUCUUCUGUCAGACAAGAAACACAUGCUGUAUAGCUAUACGCAGAGGAUAAGUAUAUAUAAAACCUGGGGUUUACGAGGUCUGUCUGUCUAGUACUUAAGCCUCAAGUCUAGCUUGUUGAGUUGCAAAAGCUAUAAAUUACAUUGUUAAGAUAAUAUACGUGGCCUGUGUUGUGAGAAGCAUUCCACAAAGGGACUAUUUCUAAGGCUGUACAAUGUGUGUGAAAUUUGUCUGUGGUCUCACGAUCAUAGAAGCUUUGUCUAGAACUUCCUGAAACAGGUAAAACUCCAGAUCUGUGUGGGUGGGGGGGAUAGACUGAGGUUUGAUACGUGCAUGUGUAGCUAGGAGACAGCAGUGGAAAGUAAGUUGCUCAAAGGGUGAUUCACUUGCAGAAUUGUGACCAACCACUCCAGAAAAUGUAAAGCGCCUUUACAUUUAAAUAAUUAAAUAUAGGCCAGAUGUAGAUUUGGAAAGCUGCCUACAAAGUGUGUGAUAUAACUCCUGAAGGUCUUCUAAAUCAUUCUGCAAGGCAUAUUAGAGCAGAGCAGGUAUUCUGAUCUGCCUAACACGUGAAGCAAAUAAGCUGUUUUACAAGCAAUGCUUCAUUUCAAACUAGAAAUCAUCAAUCUUAGUACAAUAAAAUUGGAACGGUUGUACCCUGGUUUUGCAUAAUGUUUCACACCCUUAAGCUGUCAGGUGUGGUUGUAGCUGUUACGUACCUACUCCAUAUCAGAACCUUGCUAGGCUGGCUGCUGACAGUACCUGGACCUGGGCACCUUAAGGAGCUUUUUAGGCCUAGAAUUUUGCAUCUGAUCUAGGCUUAAAACUAGGCUUGAAACCUGAAGAGCAAACAGCUAAGGGAAAUGGCUGCUUGCUCAUGUGCCUCUAGCACUUUGCAGGAGAGGAUGGUUAAUGCACUAUUACUGCCACUGCUGAUCUUGUGCAACUGUGUUCUCAGCUGGAUGAAUUUGAAGCAUGUCUAAUGCCUAAUAAAUAGUUGGAAAACUCUU